ACCGAAGUGUUUUAAGAACGAUUUAAUGAAGGGGCGGGAAAAACUGUGGAGUCAGAGAAAAUUUGAAAGAUGUAGAAUUUUUACCAUUUUGAAAUUUAUACAAUAUGGCUACACCAUACCAGAACAUACUGGCAGGAACCGCCGGUGUUCACCCAAUCCUGCAGCAGAUAGACCAGCUCAAUGCUUUGUACACAACCAUCACUCCAACAGCCACAGGGACGGCGUCGUCCGCCGAAAGUAAAGAGAAUGAGGAACUUGUCAAGAUGCAAGAUGAUGGAGUACAGGAAGCAGUGAGUUCAGAGGUUUUCUCAGUAUACCAGCACAAAGAGAUCGUAAAAGGCUGCUGUCGACAUCCUGGUGACAUCGUGGAGGCGGGUCCUCUAGCAGCCUUAAGUCAGCCAGACCCUCUAUACCCAUUGACGGAUUCUAUGCCAGAGGAGGUGAUACAGGGCGGAAAACUCAGCAGUCUGCAGUUGGAGGGAGUGUUGUAUGCUUGUCAGCAACAUCUGAGGAUUUUACCCAGCGGACAAAGAGCAGGCUUCUUUAUUGGCGAUGCGGCAGGUGUUGGAAAAGGAAGACAGAUUGCUGGAAUUAUUUUUGACAACUAUGCCAGAGGAAGGACGAAGCACAUAUGGUUCACAAUUUCCUCGGACUUGAUUGUAGACAGCAGAAGAGAUUUGUCUGACAUUGGCUGCCACAUCCGAGUUAUUGAUGGUUGUCAGGAAUUGGACCGAGAAACUAGAGUUUUAGGAUUACCUACAGAUUUUAAAGAAGGAGUGGUGUUCAGCACAUAUGCUACGCUGGUAUCUUCUGUACAGAGAGGAGUCUUUAAUGGAUCCAAACAGAGUCGCCUUCAGCAGCUGGUGAAUUGGUGUGGAGGGGAGGAGUUUGAUGGGUGUUUGGUUUUUGAUGAAUGUCAUAAGGCCAAAAACUUUGUUCCAGGGAAAGAACAAGCCAGUACCAAAGUGGCCCUUGCUGUGACUACAAUUCAGAGAUUAUUACCAAAAGCAAGGGUGCUCUACUGCAGUGCAACAGGAGUCACAGAUGUCAAAAAUAUGGCGUUUAUGGAACGGUUAGGUUUGUGGGGUAAUGGAGCCCAGUUUCGAUCCUUCGAGCAGUUUAUUGAUUUUGUUCAGAAGAAGGGGCUCGGUAUGGCAGAGAUGUUAGCCAUGGAGAUGAAAAUGUCAGGAAUGUACGUCUCCAGAGGACUGAGCUACAAACAGGCAGAGUUCUGCACUGUGGAAAUUCCCCUCACAGAGGAGCAGAGGAAAGUCUACGACACAGCGGCUCAUGUUUGGAAUGAGUCGAGGAAGGCUUUGGAGAGUGCUAUCGUCAGAACUAAUUACAGUGGUAGCAGGAUCUGGUCCCAGUUUUGGUCGUGUCAUCAGAGAUUCUUCAAACACCUGUGUAUUGGUAUGAAGAUUCCUACCAUUGUUAAAGAAACGCAGACAGCCCUGGAGAACGGAUGUUGUGUUGUGAUAGGCCUCCAAAGUACAGGAGAGGCUUCAUUUGAGAGUGAAUUCAGCAAAAACAAAGGAAAGGUUACAGGAUUUGUCUCCCUUUGCAAAGAGAUUUUCUGCCGAUUCAUCACCCAAUAUUUUCCAAUCAUGAUUGAAAGUCAGAACAAGGAAGAGGUACAGGUGGAUGAAUGGAGUAAACAAGCUCGAGAUCUACUGCUGAACUUUGCUGAGAAAAUUAACCUCCCUGAAAGUCCAUUGGAUGACAUCAUAGACAAACUGGGUGGACCAAGCUGUGUGGCCGAGAUGACUGGCAGAAAGGGUAGGAUCAUUAGGCGUACCUCUGAUGAAACAUCUAGGUACGAAUUACGGACACCAAAUGCGGAGAAUUAUGGUGGAAUAGAAAGUCUGAAUGUUCAAGAGAGGAACAUGUUUAUGGAGGGAAAGAAGCUUGUUGCUAUUAUUUCUGAUGCAGCCAGUACAGGUAUAUCGUUACAUGCUGAUCUUCGCUGUGCCAACCAGAGAAGAAGAGUACAUCUGACUGUUGAAUUACCUUGGAGUGCUGAUAAAGCUGUCCAACAACUAGGAAGGUCACACAGGUCAAACCAAUCAAGUGGUCCUUUGUAUAAACUUCUGACGACAGAUCUCGGGGGAGAGAGAAGAUUUGCUGCAGCUGUAGCACGCAGGUUGCAGUCACUUGGUGCCCUUACUAAAGGAGACAGAAGAGCAGCGUCGGGGGCAGAUCUGACGGAGUUUAACUUCGAUACUCCGUACGGACGGAAUGCCUUGAGAGCCAUGUAUCAGAGUGUCUGCACAAAAAAGUUGCUUCCUGGUAUCAAUAUGAAAACAGUAUCAGAAAAGUACAGUGAAGAAGACUUUCUAGCUGUAAUGCAGGAGUCGCUGAUUCUGAUGGGAUUAGUGGAGGUAGAGGCCCUCAGGGUUGGGAUACAACUGAAGGACCGAGAUGCGGGUGAUGUUUCCCGGUUUCUGAAUCGCAUUCUUGGACUCUCUGUAGCAAAGCAAAACUGUAUCUUUAAGUACUUUUUGGAAUGCAUGACAGUGUCUAUUGAAAAUGCCAAAAGUGAGGGAAGAUACAACGAAGGCUUGCUGGACAUCACAGCCUCAUCAGUCGAGAUGCUGGGGAAACCGAAAGAAGUCUUCAAGGACUUCAACAAAAACCAUGCCAUCACAACCUUGGUUGAACUGAAUAUCGAUCGUGGAAUGAGCUGGGAGAUGGCGAUGACAAGAUCAGACAACUACAAAGGAAAACAUGACGGUUUCUACAUCUCAAGGCGUGACAUGUACGGUAGAAAGAUGUACUUGUUAGCCAAUCAGAAAGAGGGCUCUUCUCAUCUCUUCACCAUUGCCAGACCCAAUACAGGACUUUCCCAGUUUGAUGAGGAAAAGACUGAUCUCCUACACAGAUAUAGCCCAAUAUCAGCGGAAAAAGCAGAAUCCGCAUGGAAAGAACAGUAUGAGGAGUCCAAGGACCACUGCAUGCACGGCAGAGGGUGCAAGCACGGACGCUCCUGCAAAGUGGGCAGCCGGUGCUACAGGAUACACCUGUUAUGUGGAAACAUCCUGAGUCACAUGUCAACCUUAGAGACUACUUUAAGUAGCAAUUCUCAAAAGUUAGGGUUAAGCAAAUCCGAGUCCAGUAUCCGGGUAGUGAGAGUGAAGCUCAACAAUGGAGAGCGGGUGGUGGGGGUUCGAUAUCCAGCGGUGCUGGUGCCUCACGUGGAGAAGAUUAUGAAAGAGAAGUGUGAGGCAGAGCAGCUUAUUCUACAGGCUGUAAGCAGCACCUCUUGUCCAGCUAUACACUAUCAAAAUGGAGCUCCUGGAUCAAGUCUUUCCUUGACACAACCAGAUCAAGGACAUGCAAAUCUUGUGGUAGUGGAGGAAGUGACCUCAGUCAACCAGAAGUGCAGAGCAAGGGCUCUUAGACCUCCAGUCACUAUCAAAAACUUUUUCAAGCCAGCUACUCUGCAUACCGAUGAUGCAAAGGAAGAUGCUUGCAGCACUGAAGUGAAUUCUUGUGUAAGUGUGGACACACCCGUGGAGGCAGCAGAGAAACCGCAAACUAGUGAGGAUUCCACGAACACCAAAGCUUUAAAGUCAGUUCCAGACUUGUCAAAGAUUUCUAGGAAAAGACCACUAAGUGAUAUGCCUCGUGUGCCUGUCAGCAAGAGGACGAAACAGACAAAUCUAGCGGCCAUGUUUGCUAAUGUAACUAAAAGGAAGAAAGAGACGGGGGUCAACACGCAGGUAUGCCCCAUUUGCAAGGAGGAGUUUAAGGGUAUAUCUAAUAUGGACCUCAAUGUGCACAUUGACAGUUGCCUGAUUGAGUGAUAUAAUUGAAAAUUAGGAAGACAACAGAACUGGGAGACUAGUUUCCUGACCUUGACCUCUCCAGGUGCUUGUUUGAUAGUUCUGAAUGUUGACAAUGUAAUAUUUUAAAAAUAUUUACUCAUUUUUUAUGGAAUGUUGAUCAUAUGUUUUACAUUGUCAUUUUGACACCGUUUUCUUUUAUGGGUAAAUCCUAAAGAUGGUUGUUUAAAAUAAACAGUAAUUAGGGGGCGAGAUCAAUUGAUCGAUGUCUGAUAAAAAUCUUAAUUCAAGGGGGGAAACCGGCAGGUUUCAGUUAUCCAACAUUGAUUGUAUUUAAUACACAAAGAAUUACUGAAGUGACUCAUUGAAUGUUUAAGAAAUAACAUAUUACAUUUUAAAAGUUGCAUUCAAAACUAUAUUUGUUAAUGAACAUUAGAAAACGUAUAUCGAGUGUCAUUCAGUACUAUUGUGUUGUUGCAUGAUAAUCAACUGUGGUCAACAUUCAUCAUAUUUUAAGUUUUGAGGAAGGAAGCUCUUGAUGAAAACUAUAAGAAUUAGAUUUUUUAUCGGACAUUGAACUUUUGAUCUUGUCCCUUAGGCCGAUAUAAUUUGAUCUUUGGAGAGAUCAGUCAUAGAUUGAUGAUUAUUCUCAGUAUUUUCAACAUAUCAUUUCCUUGUUUCUCCAGUAUAAUUAAAAAAAAAUUGGGA